AUGUCAAAAGGAUCAUGGAUUACACCGUUCAAAAAACAAUGUUUCGUAACUUUGGGAGUGUCGCUGAACAUGGCCGCCCACGGGCUGGUGAUGGGUUUCGCUGCGAUCCUGUUGCCACAGCUGCGUCUGCCCGGCUCUCUUAUACCGAUAGAUGACGCUUCCGGAUCUUGGAUUGCUUCAAUCCUGGGAUUUGCCCUAGUAGCCGGUAACUUCAUAGUGCCAACAAUAAUGGCAAAGUAUGGCCGGAGAACUGCUAACCUCGCCAGCAUAGCACCUAUGAUAGUCGGCUGGUUCUGCAUUCUCACUGCCUCAAGUAUUACAGCUCUACUUAUCGCCAGGUUUCUCCAAGGUCUGGCUAUGGGUAUGAGUGCAUCUCUAGGUCCAGUUCUCAUCGGAGAGUACACCAGCCCAAAAAACCGAGGUGCCUUCUUAACCUCUAUAUCUUUGUCCAUUGCCACAGGAGUACUCUUCGUGCACAGUCUUGGAUCUUAUUACUCAUGGCAAAUCACAGCUUUAAUAUUAGCAUUUGUAGUUUUCGGUGACUUGAUAAUUGUGAUAUUUUCUCCUGAAUCGCCCAGUUGGCUGGCUGACCAAGGAAGGUAUGAUGAAUGCAGGAAAGUUUUUAGAUGGCUAAGAGGUGAUGGUGAAGAUGAAGAAUUGGAGAGAAUGAUUGAAGGGAGCAAAAUCGUUAGAGAAGCGAAAACAGUGGCUGAUAUUUCGGAAUCUUUCUCUAAAAAGUUGAAGAAUAACAUAGCAUACAUGAGCACAACUAUCCGGAAAAGGGAGUUUUAUAAGCCGAUCUUUAUUAUGAUCCACAUUUACACAUUGGGUCAAUGGGCUGGUGCGAACAUUUUAGCAGCGUACACACGAGACAUAUUUUCAAACGUGAUCGGAUCAGAGGCUAACAUAUCGCUCAUGAUCAUUACUUUGGAUAUCCAAAGAAUAAUAUCAAAUACCUUAGCAGUGUAUGUUAUCAAGAAGAUUAAACGUCGUACGAUGUUAUUUGCUACUGUUGGGAUAAACCUCUUCGCAUUUUUGGCCACAGCUGCCUACACUUAUUGUAGAGCACAUAGCAUGUUGUCUUUCGAUCAUCCAGGAAUUGGUAUCGCGUUGAUCCACCUUCACAUGUUUUCGAUAGCAACUGGUACAGUCCCAUUACCCUUUAUAAUCGCUGGGGAAUUGUUUCCAUUGGAGUACAGGAGCUUAGCUGGUGGACUGAGCGUCCUGUUUCUAUCGUCCAAUCUCUUCAUUACGGUGAAGACUGUUCCUGUUUUAUUUAAAACCAUUGGGAUUCAUGGGGCUUAUAUCCUAUACGCAGCGGUUGUGGGCUACUGUUUAGUAAUUGCUUGGUGGUUUUUACCAGAAACCAAAGAUAGAACCUUACAAGAGAUAGAGGAAGAGUUCCGUGGUAGACCCCUGUCUCCUGAAGAGUUGAAAUCUACACAGUCCUUGACUUCAUUUACGCAUUUCAACAAAGAUAGACGGUGUAGCGGUCCUGUAGUA